CAAGUAGCCAAAAAAAAAAUCUAUAUUUAAUAACUCAACUAUCCCAUAUAAUAACAUACACACACUCAUAUAUAUAUAUAAUAAUUAAUAUAUCCUUCCAUUAAGAGUUGCCCAUAUUUCUAUAAACUCUCUUCUCCACCAAUCUCUGUCCUUCUUGUUUAAUACAUCCUUUCUGUUUUCCUCCUAACUCCAUUCUUAUUUCUUUCAUUUCAAUGGCAGUAUCUAUGACCCAUUUGGGUCCAAUAUUCAGAACCGAAUCUGGACCCUGCUGGUACCAAACCCAUGCUCAUGAACUCCAAACCAACUACUUAGAAAAGAGGCAGCUUUUCUUAAGGAGUUACCAGUUUAGCAGAAAGAAAAGCUUUCGUGAGAAAAUCAAGAGGUACUUGGUUCGGAUCAAACGCCUUUUUUCGGGUCGGGUACGCUCCUUUCGUAAGUUUCGUAAGGUGAUUUGGUCUGAACUUAGGUUUGCUCUUUAUAACAAGAGGAGAAAGUUGUUUAAACUUCUUCAUCAGUAUUACUAUUUGGACAACAAAAAUAAUUAUUUCUGUAAGAAUUUUAAUUAUCAACUUUUUCAUAGAUCUAAUAUUAAUUAUUCUUCUUGUAUCUCUUAGAAUAUAUAUAUAUAUAGACUGACUUUUAUGUAUUACUUUUAAUUUAAAUUUUUUAGAGGGGUUUGUUUGUAAGAAAUAUGUUUAAUCAGUCAGAAUAUUAGUAUUAUGUUUUUUUAAUUUUUUAGUUUUUUAUUAUUUGCUCAAAAAUAUAAUUUUUAUAGAUACCAGUUUGUAAAAAAGUUCUAAUAAUAUGACUAUUGUUUUU